AUGGUCGUCGAGGGCUUCAAGCUCGACAUCGACAAAACCGGUCGAGCGGUCAUCUCGACGCCGACGUCGAAGGGAGCAAGUCGCGUCGGCACUCGCUCAGCCACCUUCGCUUCUCCUUCGAAAUCCAGCUUCCUUCCUCCGACCAGAAACACUACGCCGACUCCUGGGCAUUCGGCACCGACAUACGUCCCGUCGCAUUACUCGCCCAGCAGUCAUGACGCAGGCGGAAAAGUCGGAAGGGAAGAGGACGAGGGAAGGGUCUUGCUGAAGCAGUUCACGUUCGCCUCGCCAUCGCCGAAGAAGAAGCGGGGUGCUCCUCUGCCUAUGCAGCAGACGACUCUGCGGAGGGAAAAAGCGGGAAGGGGAAGGGGUGAAGGCGAAGACGAGACGACUGCUGGAUCGAGGAGAGCGAGGUUCCAGCUCGACCCCUUCUUGCCGACGCGCGGACAGCAAGUCUACGAACUGCCCGUUCCGCCGCACCUCGUCUUUGCGGCUCCCCGCGGUCCGCCUUCCCUGCCUCGCCUCCCCAGCAUCGGCACUACGCUUUCGACUCUCAGCCUCGGUGAACAGAGCGGAGUUGUCGCGCCUGGUCCGCAAGUCACGCAUGUCGCGCCGCUCGCACUCGUCUCUCCACCUUCACCCUUCCCUGCUCUCGCAAGCGACCUUGUCCAGCUUCUCGAACGGCCAGACGAGCUUCCAGACGGCCUUAUCGACCUUCUCGAAGCGUGCGUCGCUGAAGGCAAGGCCGCUCUCGAGACUGGCGAACGUCAAGUCAGCGCCCUCGCCAGCAAGGCCGGCAUUAUGCCUCACACGGUCGUCGAGCCCGAUGAAACGCUCCAAGAUCCGCCAGGCCACAGCCGCUCAGUCUCCCUGUCUUCCGCAAUCUCGUCGACCUCCCUUCCCUCGCUCACCUCGGCACGCUCAUCCUCCUUCUCCGCUCCUUCGUCCCACUCGCCCUACUACCUCUCACGUAGCUCUCGCGGCAUUGUCGACCGUCUCCCAGCCUGCCCUCCAGUCCCACACCCCGACUACCCACGCUCUUUCGGCCGUCCUCUGCGCUUCAUCUUUGAGACUGGUCUCGAGUCGUACGAGAAGCAGCGCGAGGGGCGUAACUACCUUCCCGAGCUCACGCCGCCACCGAAGAAGAAGCGCAAGAAGGCGGGCAAGGCAAAGGGGAAACACGCUGACGCGAGCGGGGACGAAGAGGACGAGCAGGACGACGAGGACAGCGCUUACGUUCCUCGCGCCAAUGCGUCGAGACGAAGCUCUGAGCAUGCGGUACUGGGCGAAGACUUUGACGGCGAUGGCUACGAGUUGAGGAGGUCCACGCGGGUUCGCUCGACGCAGUAA